AUGAGCUCAGUAUUAACAAAGCUCGCGAUCUGGAUCUGGGGACCAGAUAGUAAGGACCGAGCCCUGCUAGCAAAACUCGAUGUCACCCUACUUCCCUACUUUUCUUUGAUAUGGUUUUUAUUCGGUGUCACAAGGUCAAGUUACUCCUCAGCCUAUAUUAGCGGUAUGAAAGAGGCACUCGGUUUCCAGGGAAAGGAAUACAAUUACAUGAGCACCGCAUAUCUGGUGGUCUAUGCUGUUUGCCAGAUGCCAGGGACAAGUCUCUUGACUAUCGUGCGGCCGAAAUACGUUUUUGUAACAGCUAACUUGACCUGGGCGGUCUUAACAUUGAUCACCUAUAAGAUGACCAAAGCCUGGCAAGUGAUCCUGUUAAACGCGAUUGAAGGAGGGUUCUCUGCAAUCGCAUAUGUGGGUGCGCAUUUCAUUCUCGGCUCCUGGUAUAAAAGAUCCGAGCUCGGUAUAAGGGCUGCAGUAUUCUGCGUCUUUGGGCAUAUAGGAACUAUGGCUGGUGGCUGGAUCCAAGCCGGAUUGCUAGCAUCAUUGGCGGACAAGGGUGGUCUUCCUGCCUGGAAAUGGAUAUUCAUUAUUGUUUCUGUGAUGACUAUCCCCGUUGCAUUAUUCGGUUGGAUAUUCAUUCCAGAUCUCCCUUCUCAUCGCGCAGCCUGGUUCUUGAACAGCGAACUGAAAGAACAUGCAAUCAUGCGACUAGGUGCGCCCCGCAAACAGUCUUGGGAUUUGACGGUAUUCAGGAGAGUGCUUUUGAGCUGGCAAUUCUGGUUACUGCCCUUUAUUUUUAUGUUGUACUCUCUUUGUGUGCAAAUGCUGCAGAACAACGUUAUGGCAUACUGGAUGGCCUCGCGGGGAUACACCACUAUCCAGCAGAACAACUAUCCUACCGGGAUCUAUGCAACUGCCAUUAUUGGUACAAUUUUCUAUGCCGUAAUAUCGGACAAACUGCAAUCUCGCUGGGAGGUCUCCAUUGCGAUUGGGUUGACUUUCAUCAUCGGGUCGGCGAUUCUCGUAUCUAGUCCUUCGACAGAUGCUGGAUACUUUGUGGCAUUUUAUCUGCUCGGGACCACUUUCGCGCCUCAGGCGGUUUGGUAUUCUUGGAUGGCUGAUGUCACGAGUUCGGAUGUACAGUUGCGUGCUAUAACCACGGGCUUCAUGAACUCGUUUGACUUCGCCUUCGUUACUUGGUGGCCGCUAGUAUUCUAUGCCGCUACUGAUGCCCCUGAUUUUCACAGAGGUUAUAUUGCAAGCUUGGUGACGGGCGCAUUGACCCUCCCAUUUAUUGGCUUGAUUGCCUAUCUGGAGAGGAGAGAUCGAGCACGGGGUGUGAUUGGAAGAGUUGCGUUCGAGAGCCCGGUCAAUGACCACGAUCGUGAUGGGCGAGAUGAUGAUUCAGGCAAACUUGUGGACACGCCAGUUAAUGUACAGUCGGCCGAGAUUGGUGUGUAG